GAAACAAUUUGGGAAGUGUAUGAGGUGAUACGUUAAACAUCUUACUUAUUUUGUACUAGUUCAACGAGGUAUUGCGUAAAUCAGGUUGAGUACAUACAUCAUAGCGUGAGCAAUGAACAUGGCACGUAAACUUGAUGUGAUUAUCUUCGGGGCUAGUGGAUUCACUGGUAAAUACACGGUUCUCGAGAGCAUCAAACUGCUGGCAAACAUGAAAUGGGGUAUAGCAGGUCGAAGUCAAAGCAAGCUGCAAGAAGUUCUGCAAGAAAUAGGCGAUAAGGCAAAGACCGAUUUGUCCCACGUACCGAUUGUUCUAGCCGACGUAAACAACCAGGAUUCGUUGAAUAACAUGGCUCGAGAUUGUCGAGUGCUUGUGAAUUGCUGUGGUCCGUAUCGACUGUACGGAGAACCGGUGCUGAAAGCCUGCAUCGCGGAACGCACCCACCACGUGGAUGUAAGCGGGGAACCACAGUUCCUCGAAGGCAUGCAACUGAAAUAUCACGAGGCAGCAAAGGAAAGGGGAGUGUAUUUAAUAUCCGCUUGCGGGUUUGAUAGUAUACCUGCCGAUAUGGGGACGGUGUUUUUGGAGCAACAGUUUGAUGGUGUGGUGAAUUCUGUAGAAAGUUACAUAGUCUCCAAGCAGAAAGGACGCCGUGAGAUGGGUGCCAUUCAUUACGGCACCUGGGCUUCUGCUGUUCAUGCCAUCGCCAACCUUGGUGAAGUGGGCCAAAUUCGCCGGAAGCUCUUCGCAAAACAAUUGCCUGACGUUAAACCAAAACUGCGGGAGAGACCAACGCUUCAUCGUUCGACGAACGGAAAUAGGUGGUCUUUGCCGUUCCAGGGUGCCGACCGCUCAUGUGUUGCACGUACGCAACGAUUUCUUUACGAGACUGAGAAUAAGCGGCCACUUCAGAUGAGGGCAUACAUAUCGUUUGGCGGAUUGGCGGAGGUUUUGGCAGUAUCUUUUGUUGGCGCUAUUUUUUGGCUCAUGGUGAAAACCAACUUUGGAAGACAGAUGCUGCUCAAUCAUCCUAAGAUAUUUUCACUUGGUGUGGUGUCUCACGAAGGCCCUAGCGAAGAGUCUAUGAACAAUACAGAAUUCGCACUCUAUUUUGAAGGCAAAGGGUGGGAAGAAAAACUUGCGAGUCCGGAGGAUAAAUAUACGACUCCUCCGAACAAAGUGAUACAUACCAAAGUAACCGGAAGAAAUCCGGGAUAUGGUGCUACCUGUGUAGCACUGGUUCUUUGCGCUCGAACGAUUUUACUAGAGAAUGAUAAGAUACCCGGAAGUGGCGGUUUUCUAACUCCAGGAGCAGCAUUUGCUAAGACAAAUCUAAUCAAUGAACUGUGCAAGAAUGGAUUUUCUUUCGAGGUGCUGUCUUCAUCAAAAUUGUAGUUAUGGUGUAGAAGCAUUGGGAGUAUAGCUCAUAAUUAAAAUAGCCGUUUUUUCUGAAGUGGUGGUGGCAAUGUUGGAUAAAUAAAUAUUUACUGGUGCGUACUGUUA